UGGCAUUCUCAAUCUGGGAAGGAAGUGAGGAGGAGUUCAAGAUCAGGCAGAACAAAAGAAUGCAGGUGGCAAUGGCUGUUGGAAACAUUCUUGUUACUUGUUACCAGAUUCAAAUAAGCUCGGAGGAAUCUGACGCUUGGGUAAGCCGUCGCCGUCCACGGCUCCACCGUCACGGAGGUCGAAUCUCCCGCCGGUCAGUUCUUCACUCUAGACCUCUACCAUUCACACACAUUCAGGCCACGUACACUAUUCAGGGGCCAGUGGGAGGGAAAUUAGGGUUUCUAGUGAUGCUAGAAAUGGAAGGUCUGGCGAUACUGGAUUCGAAGAAGAUUGCUCCUCCUGGAGAUAAGCCUAAGAUAGAGAAAGCAGCAAACACUGCUUUUGGGAAAGCUGCAAGGAAGACACUUGCUGAUAUUAGUAACUUGCAACCACAAAUGAGAACGUCUAACCAAAACGAGAAGCCACAAAAUAUUACCAUGGAUACAAAACAGUACAUUGCAAAGCUUGAAAAGGAAAAUAUGGCAUUGAUACAGAUGUUGGGUGACAGAACUAAGAUCAUUGAAUUAACUGGCGUUGAGAUACAGAAAAUGAGGACUAAUAUGCAGAAAUUGCAGCAACAGAACCAGCAACUUGCUCAAUCCAACAGUCAGAUGCUUGCGGAAUUAAACUCAGGUAAAGAUAGGUUAAAAGCAUUACAACAUGAGCUUGGAUGCAAAAAUGGUUUGCUUAAGGCCAAGAAGUUAGAAGCAGAGGACAAAUCAAAGAAGGAAACAUGCCAAUAUUUAAAUAAUGAGGUGAAAUCUAUCAAGUCUGAGGAGCCAGGGGAUUCCUUCAAGGUAGAUAAUGUUGGCAGUGAACCUGAAAAUACAAAAAGGAGACGGGUGUCAAAGAGUCUGGGUCCUUCUAAACAAGUUCAAUCCCAAAAUAACGCCGAAAGAAAAAGGCUGAGUGUAAGAAGGCAAUCUGCAAGGCUUAAGAAGGAAGAUUUGCUUGAGAUAGAUGAUUCCAAGACUUGCCCUUGUCAACCAAGUAAUGAUCCCAUCCAGGAAAAUGGUUCAACUUCCACAUCUACAUUACCUGAGAAUGUAGAAAGCAAUAAUGGCUCAGGAAAUGAAGCUCGAGAGUUGGGACGAUCCUCUAUGAGUAGGCCCCUAAGGCAAGCAGCUAAGAAGGUCCAAUGUUAUAAGGAAAUCCCAUUGAACGUGAAAAUGCGAAGAAGCGAAUGAGUUGGAAGUAUGAAGGUUUUCAAGUAUGCGGGCUAUAGAAAAAUCUUCACUUCACUACUCAAUCUGGUCUUCAUGCUUCAUUGCCUAUUUGUUGUAUGUAAUUUUGUUCAGUCUUCUGUUUGUUGUGUACUACAAUGGAAGACUUUUGCUAACAGCACCCUUGACCUUCAUAAGACAAUCAAGUGUACUUUUGCA